UCUUAGUGACGUGUGUGUGUUUUUUCCUGCUCUCAGAAACACUGGAGGAGCAGCGGCGGCUGGAGGACAUGUUUCCAGACGCAGAGAAGCUGAACACAAGACCACAGGACUGAAUGAACACACACAUGGACAACAGAAGAGCAGGAUCUACAGCGGAUGACGGAGAUGUAUGGUGACGGAUGGAGACGGUAGCAGAAUGUGCUCCUGUAUGAAGAGGAUGAGGACGAGGAAGGGUCUCCUGCUGCGUGUGUGUGGGUUGCUGACUCUGCUGUGCGUGUGUGUGAGCCUGACGGCCUGGAGCAGCACACACACACUCGACAAACACGCAGCAGAGUUCAGGAAUGAGGAGGGGAGUGACCUGAAGAGCACAUCUACCUGCUGCUCACCACACAAACACCACAGACCCGUUCUGCGGUGGAGGAUUGAUCUGGAGCCGUGGGCCAAUGGGAUGCCUGCUUUACAGGAGGAGGCGCAGCGAUUCCUCUCAUACAUCUCCACACCACAGGUGUCAUGUGACGCACACAGAGAGGAUUAUGGGCCAUGGGCUCUGUGUUUGGACCAAAGGUUCAGUCUGGCUCAGCGGAUCCGCUCUAAACACUGCCGUGUCUACUCACUCAGGCUGGGCUCGUCCUCAGCUGAUGUUGUGGAGCGUGCUCUAGCCUCCUCCGGCUGUGACGUCCACUGUUUCGACCCCAGCAUCAGCUCCGCUCACCUGCAGCAGCAGCAGCACCUGUGGCUGCAUCGCCUCUCAGUGGACUGGAGAGACCCCAAUCCUGCCGUCCCCCCACACAGAGCGCACAGCAACAGCAGGAAGCUCAAGAACAUCCUCAACCACUUCGGCCACAGACAGUUCCAGAUUGCACAUGAAAGGACCUCACAUCUCUUCUGCAGACCAGAUAUUACAGCAGAAGCUGAGAAGUCAUCUAAAACAGCAGCGCUCAUGCAUGAAUCCAUCAGUGAUGCAUAACAUAUCCAAAGCUGAACUUCAGUUCCCCGAAGCCGUGAAUAAUUCCCUCAUGUUUAUUCAUCCUGUCCUAAACUGACUUCCUGAACCUCUGUGUGCAUGAGCAAGUGUCAAUCCUGCAGUUACCGCAUCUGUUUCACACACACACACACUCAAACAGAGACGCUAAUGAAUUCAUUAUGUCAGCAGCAGAUAUGACAGAAUUAUGACUCCGAUUUAUGAUUUGUAUAUUCAUGAGCUGAAGGAGCCAAGAAUCAUCUCAGCGUCAUUAUUAAUUAUAGAAACGUAUGCAAAGAUUGAUUGGCUGAUGAUCACUUUCAGCUGUUUGUUUAUUGUCAGUGAAAGGCACAGCUGAAGUAGUUCCGGCAGGUUUUGAGUGCAUUACUACUUCAUAUCACUCCGCUCAAUGAUUAGAGUUAUUUCACAGUUGAUAAUCACAGCAGAACACAAUAGAAGCAAUAUUAUAAUUAU